GACGCGACGGUUCUAUUUCGAUUCCAACACGCGCAAUGUCAUCCGUGCCAGUGCCGGUGGAAAGUGAGGCCGAGGCGGUGGAGGAGGAGCGUGCGUGGACGGUGGUGCAUGGCGCGACUGCAGGAGCAAGAACGCGGCGACCACGCGGACUAGAACGACGCGAGCUCGACAUGGCGCGGAAGCGAUGCCUCGGCCACGACGCGUCGAACGAUGGCUCGACGCCCGAGCGGAACAGCUGGAAUCGAGGUCAUACGAAGGAGCGGGUUGGCCAUUCGUUGCAUUCCCUGCUGAGCCGCGACCGACGGCGACAUGCCACCAAGCCGGGCUGGGAGCCUGUGGUGCAGCGGCCCGCCAAGAAGAUCGAAGAAAGCCCCCAUCUCGAGGAGGCGGCGCUGAAGUCACUGCAGCGCCAAGGAUGCCAGAAUCCCAUGCGCCACUACUAUCCCGAGCACGAGUGUGAAGUGCCCCGCCGCCGUCUGGACUGUCUUCGCCACAUCGCGAGGUGGAAGCGGGACAGGCCUCUCGUGGAGGAAGUCGCCAUCCGCCUCCCCAAGGAACUUGCCAUCCACGUCUUCGAAUACGUCGUCCUCGCGAGCCAACCCCACACCGCAUUCCACGACGAGCACACUCUGGCCACCACUGCGAGGCUCGUCAUCGGCCCUUCCGACGCCGCCGACUCCCUGGUCCCGCUCGCCGAACAAGCCCUUCUCGAGCAAUCCAUCUUCGACAUCGAUGUGGCAUUCCGGCGAGCGGAAGGCCAACGCAUGGCCGUCCUGCCGCCCGAUCUCUCCACACGGCCCCAUCCCCUCCGCAAAGCCCGUGUCACUCUCGACUUGGAAAUCCCCAUCGGAAGACAGAAAUACCCGGCUAUCUUGUACAUUGCCACGGCAUGUAUGCCCUCCUUGCUCGCCCAACUCCCCGCCCUCCGACACCUGCACUUCUUCUUCCGCAUCGAGCUUACUCGCCCGCCGUGGGACCAUCAAGGCUCGGCAUUGGAUGUCGCAUGUCGGAAGGGCUUCUCCGGAACCAGUACUUUCCGGAAAGCUCUCGAGGAGCUUUUGGACGCUGUCAAGGCUGUGAGGCCGGGAAUUGAGGUCUACGUGGAGAUCUCAUACAUGUAUGAAGGCACGUGGCGAGGAGCGCAUGAGACGCCACCGAAAACUUACAAUGUUGCCAUGGAGGACUUGACGGCUGAGGAUGCCAUUCGGGGCGCUGAUGCGAAGUGGCAGAAUUGUAGGUUUAGUCUUGGGUAGGAGGGUUGUGUGAGGUGAUGAUUUGGGAGUGGAGGCUUGAUUGCUGUGCUUAUUUAUGGUGCUGGCUUUGAUGAGUAUGGUGACGAGGGUAUGAUGUGACGAAGGAGGAUGGCAUGGCAUGGGAGGAGGUGUGCUGUAUGAUUUGACAUGUAUAUUAUGCUCGACGGUGAUGGGAGCCAGCAUGGAAAUGUUAUGAAGCUGUAGCAAAAUCUUAGGAAAUUGUUGUUG